AUGGAGGAAGCAGCACAAAAAGCUGUUGCUGCUAUCAGAGGCGGAGACGCAGCAGCAGCACAACAAAUCCUCGGCUCCUUACAUUCCCCCCAUGUGCUCCACGCCCUACAAACCACCAAGCAGCUAGGCAACGAGGCUUUCAGGGCAGGGAAGUAUACAGAGGCUCUGAACCACUACAGGGAAGCCAUCACGGGCUACAGAUACCUGCAGCCCAAUCAACAGCAGCAGCAGCAGCAGCAGCAGCAGAAGCAGCAGAAGCAGCAGCAGCAGCAGCAGCAGCAGCAGCAGCAGCAGCAAGACAAAGAGUGGCGUGAGCAGCUGCAGCAGCUGCAUUCAAACUGCAGCGCCUGUUUUGCUGCUCUUAACAAAUAUGAUGAAGCGCUGGAGGCUGCUAGAGAGUGCAUCCGCCUCAACGCCAAUUGGCCCAAGGUGUCUAUACACCUCGUCACUGCUGCUGCUGUUGCUGCUGCUGCUGCUGUUGCUGCUGCUGCUGUUGCUGCUGGGUGGUAUAGAGCAGCACGCGCUCUGUAUGGGCAACAGCAGUACGCUGCUGCCCUUAAGGCCUUCCAAUGGGCCCAGAAGCAGCAGCAGCAGCAGCAGCAGCAGGAGCAGCAGCACCAGCAGGGAGACAGCAUUGCAGUAUGGAUAGAAAGAAGCAAAGACAAACUCGAGCAGCAAAAGAGACGCAUGCGCUGCAGCACAGAUUACAGCAGAUUUCAGCAUCUGCUGCAACAAGAAAAUGAUGAAGAAGUGGAAGCAGCAGCAGCAGCAGCAGCAGUGGGAGAUGUCGGCGGACCCUCCUUAGAAUUUGCUGCCACAACGUCUGAGGAACAGCGACGCCAAAUAGAGGCAUUAUUGACAGGAGCGCCAGGCUCAUCUGCUGCUGGCAGCAGCAGCAGCAGCAGCUUGACGAAGCUGCUGCGCUUUGACCCCUCCGGAAAGGAUGCCGAGACACCUCGUGAUUUUGCUGCAGUGUUUGAGCAGCUUGCUGCUGCGAAGGCUGCAACAAAACAACAACAGCAGCAGCAGCAACAACAGCAGCAGCAGCAGCAGCAGCAGCAGCAGCAGCAGCAAUUGCUGGAAGCACAGACGGGCGUCGCUCUCUGCAAAUACAUUCAGGCAUGA